GGAAGCACCCUCCGCCCCACCCUAUGGCGGGGGCGUGGCUAAACCACGGGGGCGCGCCUCCUUACUAGGCCCCGGGACUUCGGCGGCGAGCUCCACGUGGCGCGCUCUACGCCUCCCAGCCCCUUCGCAGCCCCGCGGUCCGCGCGCGCCGGGAGGCCACGAUUUCAUCAGGGUGAAGAAGCUACCCCAGGCUUGUCGCGUCCUCAGACAUGUCGGAGGUGAAAAGCCGGAAGAAGUCGGAGCCGGGGAAGCGGAGCGAGGGCGGGAAGAGCACCGAGGCCCGGGGCGGUGGAGGCGAGGGCUGGGUGGAUCCCCGGGCCGGCGUGAGCCUGCUGUCGCUGGGGACGUGCCUGGGCCUGGCCUGGUUUGUAUUUCAGCAGUCUGAAAAGUUUGCAGAGGUGGAAAGCCAAUACCAGUUACUGAAAAUAGAAACCAACAAGUUCCAAGGACUUCAAAGUAAAAUCAGUUUAAUUUCAGAAAAGCUUGAGUCUACUGAAAGUAUCCUGCAGGAAGCGACAUCAUCCAUGUCUUUGGUGACCCAGUUUGAGCAGGAAGUAUCCAGCCUCCAAAGUAUCAUGCACAACAUCCAAAAUAGUGAAGAAUUACUCACCCAAAAGAUGCAAAGCCUUAAUGAGAAAUUCCAGAAUGUUUCAGAUUUCUGGAAAAGAACCCUAGAAGAAAUGAAUGUUAAUACAGACAUUUUCAAAUCAGAAUCAAAACACAUACAUUCUCAAGUGACUGUCCAAAUUAACUCAGCUGAACAAGAAAUAAAAUUGCUCACUGAAAGGCUUAAAGAUUUGGAAGAUAGCACACUAAGAAAUAUUAGAACAGUAAAAAGACAAGAAGAAGAGGAUCUUCUACGAGUAGAGGAGCAGCUUGGCUCUGAUACAAAAGCAGUUGAAAAGCUUGAAGAGGAACAGUAUGCUCUCUUUGCCAGAGAUGAAGACCUGACUAAUAAACUUUCCAACUAUGAACCCAAAGUUGAAGAAUGCAAGACACAUUUGCCAACAAUUGAGAGUGCUAUUCGCUCUGUUCUCAGAGUCUCUCAGGAUCUGAUCGGGACAGAAAAAAAAAUGGAAGACUUAACUACUCAGAUGUUUAAUAUGGAAGAUGAUAUGCUGAAAGCAGUAUCUGAAAUAAUGGAGAUGCAGAAAACCCUUGAAAGAAUUCAGUAUGAUAGUAGCAUAUUAAAGAUGCAAAAUGACCUGGAUGUUCUAAAAGGAAAAGUUCAUGAUUUUAUGUUAUAUUCAAGUACAAGAGAAAAGGGAACUUUAGAAGAAUAUAAUCUAGAAAAUAAAGGAAUUGAUAGUGACUUUUAAAUGCACCACAUUUAUUCUGAUGACCAUAUUGUUAUACAUAAAUUUAUUAGUUCCAUACUUCUGCAUUAUUUUGAUAUGCCUCACUUUAUCCUACAUUACUAGCUAUUGCCAGUAAUAGUGACAUAUCCACACACAUGGAUUAUCUACAUAAUGACAGCUUAUCUAUUUAAGCAAUAAAAUUUAUUUCACUUUAGGCAUUGUAAAUCGAAAUAUUUCCAAAAUAUAUCUCCAUUGUUUUAAAGCAAUAUACUUAACAUUUUAAAUGUUUUUCUAAUAAGUAAUGGACAUUAUUAGGAAUUUCAGCUAUUAUAUUGACCCAAUAUAUAUAAUUGGACCCAAAUAUAUUAAUACCUCUGGAAGCUAUUAAGGAGUGUUUCCCUUCUCACUAAAUGACCCUAGUUUGCUAUUUUUUUCAAAACUUAUGUCUACUUCUUAUACGUUUUCUAUCACCCAAAGAUGUGACCCAUUGGCCACUAUCACUGCCAGGUUGGUUGGUAGGUAAUGUGCCUGCCUAACCAGUUCAGCAUUUCCUUUGUAAUUUAAUGCAGGCUAAGAUCCAGACCACCAAGUUCAUAGGAAUUUUGUCUAAAAUGACCAAAGGAAAACAUGAGGUGAUUUGCUGUGAAUCAAUAUGUACUUUUUGAAAACUAUGGAGCCUGGGAAACAUUUUUACUUUUUAUUAAGGUUCUAAAGUGUAUUGUAGAUACUUGUAAGAAUUUUUAAGGAAGAGUAAAAAUGGGUGUGCCUGACUCCAUCUCACAGUCAUGAGUUUGAGCCCCAUGUUGCACAGAGAUGACUUUAAAAUUUUUUUUAAUUAAGAAAAAAGUAAAUAUAUUCUUAUUGAAAGUUUUACCUAUGAAUUAAGUAUGUAUGAAAUAUAGACUUUUGGAAUAUCUUUGUAUACCUGGGCUUUUUUUUUUUUUUUUUAAGGU